GCCCUCCGUGGCAGACGUCUCUGUGACACUCUCCCGUGUUUUUCUAUUUUUUGCUAUCUUAUUGUUCAUUUUGGACAUUCAACACACUCACGCAGUACAUUACAACAGGGAGACACUUUUGAACAUCGGCAGGGUUCACCAUGAACUUUCAUUUAGCCUCUCAGACUUUGCCUUUCUUCUGCGCCGGGAGAACGCAGCAGCCUGCGGCCCCGGUGAGCUGAAUACCCGGCGAGCAAAGCAUCCGAGGCGUAAACGAGGCAAGCGAGCCGGCCUGCAUGCUAGGCUAAAAGCUAGAGCGACUAGGCCACCGCUACCAAGCUUGCUGCUAGCCAACGUCCGCUCUCUUGAAAACAAGAUGGACGAACUACGAGCAAGGAUUACAGCUCAACGUGAGAUCAGGGAAUGCUGUGUCCUCACCUUCACAGAAACCUGGCUGACGGGGGAUAUACCGGACUCGGCGAUCCAGUUGGAAUCAUUUGCUGCUUACCGGGGAGAUCGGACUUUAGCGUCUGGUAAACACAGAGGUGGCGGCGUCUGUGUUUACGUAAACAAACGGUGGUGCACAGACGUACAGACGAUGGAAAAGCACUGCUCGCAGGACAUUGAGCUGCUGAUGGUGAAAUGCAGACCUUUUUAUUUACCUCAUAAGACUAAAGAGAUGAUCAUCGACCCAAGAACAAGGGAAAAGGAGCCACAUAGACCCCUGUUUAUUGGUGAGACUGAGGUGGAGAGGGUGAAAACCUUCAAGUUCCUUGGCACACACAUCAGCGAGGACCUCACCUGGUCUCACAACACCCAACAAAUUCUGAAGAAGUCCCAAAGGAGACUGUACUUCCUGAGAAGACUGAGGAAAUUUGGCAUGUCCACCACAAUCCUGAGUUGCUUCUACAGAUGCACCAUCGAAAGUGUCCUUACCGCCUCCAUCACUGUUUGGUACGGUAACUGUACAACACGUGAUAGGAAGGCACUCCAGCGGGUGAUCAAGACCUCACAGAACAUUGUUGGGGCAGCCCUCCCCUCACUGCAAGACAUUUAUACAUCUAGAGUCCUACGCAGAACACACAACCUCAUCAAGGACAGCACACAUCCACAACACUCAUUAUUCACACUCCUGCCAUCAGGCAGACGCUACAGGAGUUUGAAGUCCAGGACCACAAGGCUGGCAAACAGCUUUUACCCACAGGCCAUCAGGCUUCUCAAUGAAGCACUCAGACACGCCACACGCAACACACACUCAUAGCACUUUAUUUAUUUAUUUAUUUAUUUGUAUUAUUUACUUGCAUUAAUGUCUCUUCUGUUGUUGUUGCUUAAUUUCUUGGUAUUUAUGUAUAUGUGUUUAUGUUUCUUAUGUUCUUAUUCUUUCUUGUGUUUUUCUUUCUUUUCCUUGGGAGAAUGAACAGAAUAAGAUUUUCAUUGCAUGGUAUAACUGCUGUUUUACCAUGCACAUGACAAUAAAACUCUCUUGAA